AUGCUGCCCGCCUGGGUGCCGGGCGCCGCCGCCGGCGUCGUGUCGCUGCACCUCAUCCAGAGGCUGCUGUUCCCUUACUUCUGGGCCGACCUGCGGUACCUGCUGAAGGUGCUCCAGUACGGGCUGCGGGUGGAGGCCUACCGGCUGCGGGGGCAGAUCGUCACCGUGCUGGACAGGUUUGUGACACUGGCCGAGAGGCAGCCCCACAAGCCCUUCCUCAUCUGCGACGGCAAGGUGCACACCUACCGGGACGUGGACAGGAGGAGCAACAGGGUGGCCCAGGUCUUCCUGCAGCACGGCGCCCUGCGCAAGGGUGACACGGCCGCCCUGCUGAUGGGCAACGAGCCCGACUUCAUCCACGUGUGGUUCGGACUGGCCAAGCUGGGCUGCGUGGUGGCUUUCCUCAACUUCAAUGUCCGCUCCAGGUCUCUCCUGCACUGCCUCAGUAGCUGCGAGCCCAAGAUACUGGUUGUUGGAGCAGAUUUGCUUGGGACUCUAGAAGAAAUUCUUCCUUAUCUCCAAGAAGAUGUUAGUGUUUGGAUAAUGACCAAAGAUUCCACUUUGCCAAGUGUGCAUACCCUUUUAGACAAAAUAGAGGCUGCAUCUGAAGACCCUGUUCCAGCUGAUCGACGCUCGGCAAACAACCUCAAGUCAUCUGUUCUCUACAUAUUUACUUCAGGGACAACAGGUCUUCCAAAGGCUGCAGUCAUCAGUCACAUGCAGGUUCUAAAAGGAGCUGCUGGGCUGUGGGCUUUUGGUGCUACUGCAGGAGACAUCAUUUAUAUUACUCUGCCACUUUAUCACAGUGCAGCAUCUCUCCUUGGAAUUGGGGGAUGCAUUGAAUUAGGUGCAACUUGUGUACUAAGAAAGAAGUUUUCAGCUAGUCAGUUCUGGAAUGACUGCAGAAAGUACAAUGUGACUGUCAUUCAGUACAUUGGAGAACUUUGCCGUUACCUUUGCAGCCAGCCAGCGAAGGAGGGAGAAAAAAAUCACAAAGUCCGCCUAGCAGUUGGAAAUGGAGUAAGAAAUGAUGUAUGGAGAGAAUUUUUAGACCGUUUUGGUGCUGUUAAGAUCUGUGAGUUUUAUGGUGCUACAGAAGGAAACAUUUGUUUCAUGAACCACACAGGAAAAAUUGGAUCCGUGGGGCGUACCAAUUUCUUUUAUAAGCUUUUCUUCCCAUUUGAUUUAAUCAAGUAUGAUUUCCAAAAAGAUGAACCCAUUAGAAAUAAGCAUGGUUGGUGUGAGAAAGUUAAGAAAGGUGAGGCUGGUCUUCUCAUUUCCAAAGUGAAUGCAAAGAAUCCCUUCUUCGGUUAUGCUGGCAAUAAGAGAGACACAGAAAAGAAAUUACUGUGUGAUGUGUUUAAGAAGGGAGAUCUUUAUUUUAAUACUGGGGAUCUAAUGGUUCAAGACCAAGAGAAUUUCCUUUAUUUUUGGGACAGGAUUGGAGACACCUUCAGAUGGAAAGGGGAGAAUGUUGCAACCACUGAAGUUUCUGAUGUGAUUGUUAUGUUGGAUUUCAUACAAGAAGCAAAUGUGUAUGGUGUAUCUGUGCCAGCUCAUGAAGGAAAAGCAGGAAUGGUCUCUCUGAUUUUAAAAGCGAAUACAACAUUGGACUUGGAGCAAAUGUAUACACAAGUUGUGACCUAUCUACCAAGUUAUGCCUGUCCUCUUUUCUUAAGAGUUCAGGAAAAAAUGGAAAUGACCGGAACUUUCAAACAACAGAAAUUUCGUUUGGUGGAUGAAGGUUUUAAUCCAUGUACAAUCACUGAUCCACUAUAUUUUUUAGAUAGCUCUAAGGAAGCAUAUGUCUUGUUAACCAAAGAAAUACAUGAGAGGAUCUUAUCCGGACAAAUGAAACUUUAAUUAACCUAAUGCUAGGUUAUUAAGAGACAGUCUAUAUGAGCUACUUUGCAAGAAGUGAUAAAAUUAA